CUGUUCCAAUCGGCUUUGUGUUGUCUCGCUCCAAAACAAACAUGUUCAAAAGUUUCUUUGGCCCAUUUCCCGACGAACCGUUGCUUUAUAGUUUCGAUAAAAUACUCGGACUUUUCCAUAAAUUUGAUUCAAAAUUGAAAUGUAAGGAUGGUGAAAAACAAACUGACACGGCGGUUUCUGUCGUCGAAAAAAUUAAUGAAGUCUGUACUGAGACGACUACUGCGAAUGAUGAUGUAACGGUGGCUACUGGGAAUGAUAGAACGGAUGCAACUGGAAAUCAUACAAUGGAUGCCGCGGUGACUACCGAUAAUGGUGUAACGGAUGUAACGGUAAUGGAAAAAAUAAGUUUGGAAUUAGUAGAGAAUUCUAGCCAAACCUCUAAGAGAAGCCCCGUAGAAUGUAUAACCGUCUUAGAUUCUGAUAAAGUGAACGAAUCAAUCGAACCACCUCAAGAACUUAAACAUAUUUCGACACCUAAAUCAAUUCUGAAGACGACCAGUUCCAUGGAGUGUAAUUUUCCCCUAUCAAGAAUUUGUAUUACAAAAAAAAGCGUACAUUCAAGUCCCGUGUCUGGUACUAAAAGGGCGAACAGAUUUACGAAAUGUUCGACGAAAACAUUUACUCAGACGAAAGGAUUCGGUGAUUCAGUCACGGUUGUUCAGGAUAAAAUUGAAAAGAAACUAUUCCGGUCGGAUGGCAGAAAUCGCUUUGAAUCGAUUUUAAAGCAAGAGACGAAGCAUCAUAACAUUCAAGCUUCUCGGAAUACUAAUAACCGAAUGGGACGAUCAGGCAACCAAAACCACAACGAGCUAACUAGUCGACCUCAAAAAGCCAUCAAAAAUGUAAAGCUGAAAGAUCGUAAAGUCACUAAAACAGAAUGGGCAGUAACUCGAAUCUACACUUUCGAUGAUGACUCACAGACAUAUGAAGUAAUGAAGAAAGACAAGGUGCUCGAUAGAAAUGGUGGAAUCGAAAGAAUAUUUGCAAUGGCACCGAACUUAACUACCGUCGCUUAUAAUCCACUAAAACGUGACGAUAAAAAACCAAAACGAUGA